AUGUCCAACUGGCACAGCGGUCAAUCGUUCGAUCCGGCGGGACCCGUCCAGUCGCCGAUACAAGGCUCGCCGUCGGACGCGCAGCAGGAAGACGACCUGUCGCCGCGAAAGCGCAAGAGGAGCUCACUGGCGCUGCAGAACGGCGACGAUGGAAGCCCCACGACGUCGAAGCAGCGACAUCAGCCGGGGGUGAAGAGGGCGUGCAACGACUGUCGCCAGCAGAAGCUGCGAUGCAAUGUCGACGCCGGUCCGCCAUACAAACCCUGCUCGCGAUGUAUCAAGCACAACCUCAGCUGCUCCAUCGACAAUGACUUCAAGCGACUGGGCAAGCGAGCCCAGCAUGACGAGAUGGCGCGGGAGCUCGAACAGUGCAAAGACCAGCUUGCGCAACUCGAGGCGAUGGGUGUCACAAUACCGAAGGCUAGCAACACGGCAAGCUCGACAUACACCGGGUCAUACGCGACGUCCCCCACCGGUCAGGCUCCAGUCGCGCAGAUGUCCGGUGCGCCAUUCAUGGGACCGAAUGAAGCUGCAGCAUCUCGAAGCUUGCUCGAUCUGAGUCAAGGCUACCAGGAGCGACCGACAUUGACAUAUCCUUCGAUCACUCCAGGAACUUCGACGAGAACUCUGGGUAACGUCACGCUCACUGACCAGGAAACCAGCGAGCUGUUCAGUGUAUUCUUCAAUUGCUACCACCAAUUCCUACCAAUCCUGAGCCCCGAGACACCUUACAGCGAGUAUUACAAGCACCACCCAUUGCUACAUUGGACUGUCCUUGCCAUUGCUUGCCGGCGGUACGAUUCCAAGCCAGGUCUUCUGAUAGAAUUGCAACAGCCACUGGAAUCUCUUUUAUGGACCACCUUGUCUGGAGUUCCGCAGACCUACCAUAUCGUCAAAGCAUUGGCACUGCUCUGCACAUGGCCUCUGCCGAACUCUUCCACCUCCGGCGAACCGACUAUGAUGCUGACUGGUGCAAUGUUUCAGCUCGCUAUGCAGUAUGGCCUCCACCGCCCCAGCCACGCGCAAGACUUUAGUAGGUUCCGCAUUGAGCUGCGCGAGGAGGAGAUUACCGACCGACUGCACACGUGGGCGACAGUGAACAUUGUCGCGCAGAAUGUCGCUACAGGUCAAGGCCAGCCGCCACUCUCUAGAUGGGCGUGGUAUACUUACGGCCUGCAUCUGGACCAGAUGAAGCCGGAGCUGCAUACUCGCUGUCAGAUUGAGAAAUUCUGCGAUACAGUAACACGGACGCUGUUUACUAUGCAGCGUGACCAUAUCGUGGAAGUGGACAAGGCACAGCGUGGCCUUCAGAUUGACAUGUAUGCUCGCGAGCUUGGUGAGCUUGAGCUGACUACGCUCUCAACAAGAUCGUCUCCAAUCGACAUUCUUUACCUCAAAGCUGCCGCCCUCCAUCUCCGACUCUCGGCCUUUUUUGAUAAACCAUCUCAACCGAACUACCUCGCUGACCUCCGGAACGUCUACAUCGCCGCGUCUAGCAUGCUCACGGCCGUCAACGACCUUCCCGCCAACAUCUUCAUGUACCUGCCCCGCUACAUCGAACAAAUGAUGCUCGCCGCGGCGACAACCCUCUUGAAGCUUCUCAACUCCUUCUACGCCACCCACGUCGACGCCUCUUCCGGACGCAUCCUCUUCUCAAAGACCGUUGCCGGGCUGCGAAAGUUGAGCGUCCGAAGCAACGACUUGCCUCAACGUCUGGCGGAAGUGAUGGCGCAGCUGUGGCAAACGAGCGGCGAAAGCCAACAGGGCCUCUUCACCUCCGAUGGCACGGCCAAACCAGCAGACGAAAGCCUGCAACUCCGUGUGCGCUGCCGUUCGUCACUCUCCGUCCUCUACGACGCGAUAUGGCGAUGGCGGCAGCAAGUCGGGCAGACGGUCAACCUCGAGCAUGCUGUCGACCACCCCACUGCUGUACCAGGAGGCACUAAUUCGCGCAACACGCCGCAGCCCCCGAUGGGCGGGGCUGUGAACCCCUUGCUCGGAUCCGGUCUCGACGGUGGGCUGGACGAUCCAAUGAGCUGGGAUGGCAAUUUCGGCGGUAAUGCCGUCUUUGACCCUCUCAGCUGGGCGCUGGACGGGAAUCUGCAGUUGCAAUUGCCUAGUCUUGGUGGGUUGGAUGGGAUGGGUGGGUAUGAGUUCAAGGUGUGA